AUGGCUGAUAAGGCAUCGCUACAACAAGAGUUGGAUCAAUUAGUUAAGAAAUAUACCCAUGUACCUGCAAAAGGUGGCUGGGAGAUACCUCGCAAACUUUUUCAUUACUCUAUCGGGUUCGUUGUAUUGUAUCUCUACAUGAACGGCACAGAAACACAAGACGUGUAUCCCAUCUUGAUUGUGUUUUUGAGUAUUGUGGGUUCUGCUGAAUUGCUUCGAUUCAAUUUUGAGUGGUUCAAUCAACUUUACUGCUACUUGCUAGGUCCACUUAUGAGACCAUCCGAAAUCAAGAAUCGCAUCAAUGGUGUUGUCUAUUAUUUGUUGGGUUGUGUCAUUGUUCUUUACUACUUUCCAAAAGACAUUGCAUCCCUCAGUAUUAUCUACCUCAGUUGGACAGACCCUACAGCAAGCAUCUGCGGCAAAUUAUGGGGAAAGUAUACACCACAAUAUGGUGGUAAAAGCCUGGCUGGGUCCUUGGGCGCCAUGACAACGGGUGCGCUUGUGACAUACAUGUACUUUGGUCCGUUGGCACGUUAUCCUUUGUCUUACACACCAGCAACAUCUGAAAUUCCAUUGAUUGUCAUGGCCUCUUAUGGUGGUCUCGUGGCUGCAUUAAGUGAAGGUGUGAGUAAUUUACUAUUUGGAUUAGAUGAUAACUUGACUAUUCCUGUGAUCAGUGCGGUUUUGCUGUGGAUACCUUUAGUUGGCCUUGGGUUGGGUAAUUAG